UCUCGGCGCCGGGGCGAGGAGGGAGAUCCAAGCGGGGCGCGCGCCGUCGCCCGCGGCCGAGCCAUGGAGGACUUGGAAGAUAAUACUACUGUCUUCUCCACACUGAGAUCCCUCAACAACUUUAUUUCACAGCGUAUGGAGGGGGUGUCUGGGCUGGCUACGCCAGGAUCUUCUCAAAGCUCCUUACAGAUUCAGUACCAGCAGAGGAUGCAGUUGGAAGAACAAGCUGGGCAGAUCCACUCCAAAUCCCAGCUCCUGCAGGUGGAACGAGAGAAAAUGCAGAUGGAACUUAGCCACAAACGAGCUCGCAUUGAGCUAGAGAAGGCAGCUAAUACCAAUGCCAGAAACUAUGAGCGAGAGGCUGACCGUAACCAGGAGCUGCUCACACGCAUAAAGCAAUAUCAGGAAAGGGAAACAGAAGCUGAAAAUAAACUGAAAGAACAAAUGGAGAUGAACAAAUCCUAUAAGAAGAGCAUGGAGACAAUGAGUAAGAAGCUGCAAGAGAAGGAGAGCAAAUUAGCUGAAGCUAAUGAAACAAUCACUAUAUUAAAAGGGAAAAUAUCAGAGCUGCAAUGGAAUAUAAUGAAUCAAGAGAUGCAGAUGACAAGCCAAGACUCUCAAAAGCAGGAACUGAUGGAACAGCUGGAUGUUCAGCAAAAAAAAUGGCAAGAGGCUAGUCAGCAAAUCCAGACAUUGCAAGCAAGCCAAUCCCUACUGUCAGAAUAUGAACAGAAGAUUAAGGAUCUGGAACAGAAGUUCUCCCAGCAGGAACACGAUGCUCUAAUUGUCAAGAACAUGAAGGCAGAACUGGCCCGUUUCCCAAAAAUGGAGCGGGAAUUGCGCCAACUCAGGGAGGAAAAUGCCUACUUCAGGGAAAUGAAAGAAAACAAUGGAUUGCUUAAAGAGGAGGUAGAAGGUCUCCAAAGAAAACUGGAACGCUAUGAGAAAGUCCAAGCACAGCUAGUGACUGUUGAAUUGGAAAAUGAGAAACUUCUGGGAAAAUUAAAAAGCUGGGAGAAACUGGACCAGAGCACUGGCUUGAAUAUCAGGACACCUGAUGAUCUCUCAAGGCAAAUUGUGGCCCUGCAGCAAAGGGAGCUUGCACUGAAAGAGCAGAACUCUACCAUCACGAACAGUGCCCGAAUACUAGAGAAGGCCCGGCAGCAGCUACAGGAAGAAGUACUACGGAUUCAGAGCCAGCUCUUGGAUGAGAAGAAGAAACGUGAGCAGCACGAAGCACUGGUCAGACGGCUGCAGAAACGUGUACUGCUACUCACCAAGGAGCGUGAUGGGAUGCGAGCAAUUCUGGAGUCAUACGACAGCGAGCUGACCCCUUCGGAGCACUCGCCCCAACUGAACCGCCGUAUGCGUGAGGCUGAGGAGAUGGUGCAGAAACUGCAUGCUCAUAACACUGAGCUGGAGGCUCAGCUUUCUCAAGUUCUGGAAGAAGUGGGAAAUCAUAAGCAAAGAGCAGAGAUGCUGGAGGUGGAGAUGAAGGUCCUGAAGUCUCAAGAGUGUACAGCUGAGCAAAGUACUGUCAUCACCAAGGAGGAGGUUGACACGCUCAGGCUGAAAAUUGAGGAGCUGGAAGCUGAACGCAGCAAGCUGGAAGAGGAGAACAGAUCUCUGGAAAUGAAACUGGAGAAGCUAACUCUGCAGGGUGACUAUGACCCCAGCAGAACCAAAGUUCUUCAUUUCAGCAUGAAUCCAGCGAGUUUGGCCAAGCAGCAGCGCAAGGAGGAGCAGCAGCAACUCCAGGAGGAGUGUGAAAGGCUGAGGGAGCUGGUGAGGGUGCUCGAAGGAGGCGGCUCCAUCCCUGGGAAUUUGGAAGGAGUUGGGAGUUUUCAGUCACCACAAGAAAUUGCAGAGCUGAAGAAGCAAGUGGAAAGUGCAGAACUAAAAAACCAGCGUCUGAAAGAAGUUUUCCAGACCAAGAUCCAGGAGUUCCGCAAGGUUUGCUACACACUAACGGGGUACCAGAUCGACAUCACGACUGAGAACCAGUAUCGACUCACCUCCAUUUACGCCGAGCACCAAGGGGACUGCCUGCUUUUUAAGGCCUCCAGCUCCUCCGGUGGAAAAAUGCAGCUUCUGGAAACGGAGUUCUCACGAACCAUCCGGGAGCUCAUUGAACUCCACCUGCUUCGUCAGGACAGCAUCCCGGCCUUCCUCAGCGCCCUCACCCUCGACCUCUUCAGCCGCCAGACCAUUGCUUAG